AUGUUUGCAAGAUCCCCCAGAGUGCUUGCCCACGUGAGGCCCCUUGUAAGGGCCAAGAGCUCGAGCUCGAGCUCGAGCUCGACCUCGGCGCUCGCCUACAAAACGUUGCACCGCAACCAAAAGCGACCACCGUUGCCCACGUUGGAGACCCCCAACUGGUCCGCCGACACCGCGGUCUCCUCGAUCUUGUACGAGACGCCCGUUGCCUCGAGGGCGCCCCCAAAACAGCACGUGCUCAACUGCCUAGUGCAGAAUGAGCCCGGUGUGCUUUCGAGCGUCUCGGGCACGUUAGCGGCGCGCGGCUUCAACAUCGACUCGCUUGUGGUGUGCAACACCGAAGUCAAGGACUUGUCGCGCAUGACCAUCGUGCUCAAGGGCCAAGACGGCGUCGUCGAGCAGGCGCGCAGGCAGAUUGAGGACUUGGUGCCCGUGUACGCCGUGUUGGAUUACACCAACGCCGAGAUCAUCAAGCGCGAGUUGGUAUUGAUGCGAGUCUCGAUCUUGGGGCCGGAAUACUUCCAAGAAUUGAUCGCGACACACCAGCUUCACAUUGAUGAUGCGUCGUCUAUACCGGACUUGACCGCGUGCGAGUCGGCUUUCCAUCCGUCGAACUUGGCCCCUAGUGAAGCGUUGAGACAGAAGCACGAGCAUUUGGACCACAUCUCGACCAUCACGGCCCAGUUUGGCGGGAAAAUCGUCGAUAUCAGCGAUCGGAACGUGGUGGUUGAGUUGAGUGCUAAGCCGUCGAGAAUCAGUGCGUUUAUCACCUUGUUGCAACCAUUUGGAAUCUUGGAGUUGGCGAGGUCGGGAAUGAUGGCGUUGCCUAGGACCCCGUUGGAGAGGGCAGGUGAAGAAGACGAGGCUGCUAUCGACGCCGCCGACAUUGUCGACGCCUCUCAAUUACCCCCAGGUUGA